AUGGAGCAGGAGUGUCGAGUCCUUUCCAUCCAGAGCCACGUGGGCAACCGUGCCGCCACCUUCCCGUUGCAGGUGCUGGGAUUCGAAAUCGAUGCUGUAAACUCUGUGCAGUUUUCAAACCACGCAGGCUGUGCUCACUGGAAGGGCCACGUGCUGAACUCUGACAAGCUCCACGAGCUGUACGAAGGGCUCAAGGUGAACACAUACGACUACAUGCUCACAGGGUACACCCGGAAUGCAUCCUUCCUGGCUGUGGUGGUGGCCAUCGUGCGGGAGCUGAAGCAGCAGAACCCCAGCCUCGUCUGUGUGUGUGACCCGGUGAUGGGAGACCAGUGGAACAGCGAAGGGUCCAUGUGUGUUCCAGAAAAUCUCCUUCUGGUUUACAAAGAGAAAGUUGUGCCUGUUGCGGACAUUCUAACUCCCAACCAGUUUGAGGCUGAGUUGCUGAGCGGCAGAAAGAUCCAUAAUCAAGAAGCAGCACUGGAGGCGAUAGACGUGCUGCGCUCCAUGGGCCCCGAUACCAUGGUCAUCACCAGUUCUGACCUGCCAUCCCCACGAGGGAGCGACUACCUGAUUGCACUGGGCAGUCAGAGGACAAAGCGGCCUGACGGCUCUGUGGCAACAGAGCGGAUCCGGAUGGAGAUGCACAGGGUGGAUGCUGUCUUUGUGGGCACGGGGGAUCUCUUGGUUGCCAUGCUCCUGGCCUGGACACACAAGCACCACAACAACCUCAAGGUGGCCUGUGAGAAGACCGUGUCUGCCAUGCACCACGUCUUGCAGAGAACCAUCCAGUGCGCCAAAGCCCAGGCUGGGAAAGGACAGAAGCCCAGCCCGGCCCAGCUGGAGCUGAGGGUGGUGCAGAGCAAAAGGGACAUAAUCGAGGACCCAGAGGUCGUCAUGCAGGCUGCCGUGCUGUGA